CAAAGUUUGUAGCUACAGGCUGAUACUAAGAAAGAAGAAGAGACGGUCAUUCUGCAUGCCCUCUGCCACACACUUUCUGAAGUUUCAUAACUUUGCUGUAUCAUCUGUAUCACCAUGAAGAUGUUUCCUGUGUGUGUGUUUGUUUGUGCUGUGAUGAUUCUGACCCAUGCUGCUGGUGAGUAUUUUCUCCCUGAAGGAGGGACUGCAACUAAUCAAACAGUCAAAAGGCACCUGGCCAAGAGGUCCUCUGAUUGUCCUGGAGGCUGGACUCUGUUGCGUGGUCGCUGCUUCCUCUAUGUUCCAGGACCCAUGACAUGGGCUAAAGCAGAGAGAAACUGCUUGUCCAUGGGGGCCAACCUUGCAUCUGUGCACAGCAUCACAGAGUACCAUGGGAUUCAGCACCUUAUAGUGAUUGCCAGUCAUGGCUACCAAGAAACUUGGAUUGGAGGAAGUGAUGCACAGGAGGAGAAGGCUUGGUUAUGGACUGAUGGAACGGCUUUCCACUAUUCAAACUGGUGCCGAGGAGAGCCCAAUAAUCUCUGGCGCAACCAGCACUGUCUGCAAAUUAAUCAUAGCGGUUCCAAGUGCUGGGAUGAUGUAGCAUGUAGCAAAAGUCGACCUUCUGUUUGUGUCAAGAAAAUGUGAAAUUUCUGUCAAAAUACACACUGUUUGGUGUGCAAUGGCUUCUGUUUUUCAUUCUUCAUUUGUCUUUACUAAAUAUUCAACUGUGGAAAAGUAGUCUUUCCUUAAAAAGUAUUGCUCAUCUUUGCACAUCUUUUCUCUGUAAACUCUUCUUCCUUUGCAAUAAUAAAACUCUCAAGCAUG